GAUUUCGGAGUGGUGCGAAUGAUCCCGUAUGGGGCUUGCAUCGCGGAUGCAUGCGGUAUGACACACGUGGAUUUAUCCUCUGCGUGCGUCAAAUGCGGUAUGUGUGUGGCCGUCGCUGAGGAGAUCAAUCAAACUCUGCUGGAGAUUCACGAUAUGAUGGCACUUGAUGACUGGCUAAAUGAAACGGAGGUCGUGCUUCUUUUGAGAACCAUUUGUGAUCAUUCUUUUCGACACUACGGUUUGCGAGAAAUCGAUGGCAAAAGAUUUAUUUCUGACCCGUUACCCGGUGACAAGCUUGUUACUUCAUCCGCCGAUGGAUUAUGGGAGAAAAGUUUGAAAAAUAUGUGCCACAACUAUCUCGAUGAGAUACAAGAGCUGCAGUUGUACAGAAAUUGGAAGGAGUGGUGCGAAGAUGAUGAACACAUUCCUAAUCUGGAAAAUAUUCUUUGCAGAAACGAGAUCACCAGUUUACGAGAUUGUAGAGGUAUAGACAAUACAGUUAGACGACAAGUACCUACAAGAAUUUUUGGCGCUCGUGUGAAGCUUCUAGCUGAAUAUGUGUUAUAAUUUUAGAUGGCCAUUUACAUAACAUAUUUUUAAUUAUAUAAAAGAUAUCUAUUAAAUAAUAUUAUUUAAUAUGUUAUUUGGUACAAUAAUUUUAUACGUUUUGAAUAAAAGCAAAUAUUUCUCAUAUUAAUUUUAAAGUCUGCAAAAAAGUGACGUAUCACGUAACCUGAAAAAUUAUUUAAAAAUGGAAGUGAUCAUAACACGAGUAUAUUGCAUCUAAAAUAUUUUUAUCGCUAAAUUGAUGAGACUAGUAUCAUGCUGAAAAUAAUCUUGCACGGUAAAAUGAUGCUUUAAU